AUGGAACAGAGGGAUUUUAGGGGAUCUGGCCCCGGGGUGGGCGUGGGAUCCACGGGAGCGGAUCCCCGAGGAUCUGUGGGAGUUCACCCGGAGUAUUUGGGCAACAAACUCGGCUUGUUGGGACUUGGAGAGAGCCUCUGGAAGCGGGAGGAGGCGGGAACACCCCGCCGGGGCCUGGGGAGGAGGGUGACGUGGCCCAGGGCGUGGCCCAGGGCGUGGCCCGGGCGGGAUCCCAGGGGAGGGAUCCAUCCGUGGAGCUGCCUCCGGAGAGCCCGCGGGACACGGAGCAGCUCCGGGAUUCGGGAUCCUUCCCGAGGAUCCGUCCGGGAGAAGGACGUCGAGGUUUUUUGGGUGAACCCCCUGGGUGUGGAGCACCUCUGGGAUCGUGGCACACCUCCCGGGAUUGACAGCGUGAGGGUGCUGCGGCUGACGCUGCCCCAGGAGCUGCCGGGCGAGCGGCGCGAGCAGGCCAAGCAGAAGCCAGUGGGCAAAGCCUUCGCCAUGGUGGCCAACAGGUCCAGCAACGGGCACUCCCUGGCCUCGGAGUGCGUCAAGUCCAACGAGGGGGACGAGGAGAUCAUCAAGGUGGUGCUGGAGCAGCACAACGGGAGCUGGAAGGGCCCCGAGAGGCUCCGGGGGGACUCCUGGGAGGAGCAGGAGGAGAACUGCUCCAGCCAGGACGUGGGGACGCUGCAGGAGACGGCCAGGAGGCUCCUCAGGAGGCUGCAGGAGGCCGAGAAGCGCCAUCAGUUGGAGAGGAAAGCCUUCGAGAGGAAGGUGGCCCAGUACCAGGAGGAAGCGGAGCGGGCGAGCUCUGCCCUCCGGAGAGCGGAGAGGGACGUGGAGCAGAAGGAGGGGCAGGUGGACGAGCUCCAGAGGCUCCUGGCCGGGAUGGAAAAGAACCUGGAGAUGCACGACCGGAUCGAGCACCUGAUCGAGAAGCAGGUCAGCCGGGGCGGGCACAGCGCCAGGGCCCGCUCCAAGUCGGAAUACGUCAGCAGCAAGAGGCUGACAGGCCCCAAACCGCUGCCUCUGAUCCGGGUGGUGGAGACCUGAUUCCCCAGGGCCGGGCCGAGCUUGGACUCUUCCCCUUGGCACGGCUGGCUCCGGAUUUCCCCGCUUGGCUCUCGUGCUCCGGCCUCGG